AUGAAGCUCGUCAGGUUUUUGAUGAAAUGCUCCAACGAAACGGUGACCAUUGAGCUGAAAAAUGGCACCAUCGUCCACGGCACCAUCUCCUCAGUCUCUCCCCAGAUGAACGUCGCCCUUCGCACGGUCAAGAUGACCGCUCGCGGACAGGACCCUCUCGCCCUUGAUACCAUGAAUAUUCGAGGCUCAACAAUCCGAUACUUCAUCCUCCCCGACUCCCUCCCUCUCGACACCCUGUUGAUCGAUGAUGCACCCAAGCCUAAGAACAAGGCAAGAAAGGAGACGGACCGAGGAGGCCGCGGUGGCCGCGGUGGUCGUGGCAGAGGAGGUCGUGGUCGCGGCCGCGGCCGUGGACGUGGUUAA